AUGAAAUAUAACUGGCAAAGGUUGGGAAACUGCUGGUAUGAUAGGAGGAGAGAUUCUGAAAUGAGUUGGGAGGUCUCUGAUCGAGAUUUGAGGAGGAAUAUUGUUGCAAUAGCAAAUAACGGGGGCCCAGUAGCAAUUUUAAUGGCAGUUCCUUCUGAUGGAAAUUCCUUGGUUUCCAACUUUUACCUAACCACUUAUACUUUUAGAGGCACUGAGCUGGGCAGAAUUGCCUGGAUGGAUCAUAUUCCAGUGUCUAUGGGAUGGACUUUAGAAAGUACUUUGCUGUCUAUAUUUUCUGAUGGGACAAUAAGGGUAUUUUCCCCCUUAUUAGAACAAUUGAAUAUCAUAAGUUUGAAGCGAAAUAUAGAAUCUACAGAGUGUAUAAUCAUGGCUCGAGUACUCCCAUAUGGUAUUUGCUUCGUAACAUCUAGUUAUAAUGUCCAUUUUGUUUCUAAUUCGAAUUUGUCACAGAGCUACUGUUUGACUAAAAUACCACUUAGGUGUAGUCCAGUGGAAAUUUCGGUAACUAUUCCAAACAAUGUUGAUUCAAAUCUCUCUUUUGUAUUCCCCACAAAUGUUUUUCUUCCACUUGAAGAUAGUUCAAUUGCCAUAAUUAGUAUUUGGGAUCCAAGAAUUACUGCCAUAAUUACUAAAGAUGGCAUUGCAUCUCCAAGCCCUGUCGACCCAGCAUACUUGUCAUUUAAUUCUGAUGGAGAGGUAAGAGAAAAGAUACUUGCAUUUAGUGUUUCUCCAAAUGGAGAAUUAUUGGCUUCAUUAACAGAAUCUUUUGUUUUUUCUAUGAGAAAAACUAGUUCAAUAUUUGAAGAUCCUAUAUUUUCGUACAAAUUAAAUAUUUCAUUUUCAAAGUUAAGGCAAAUGGUUUGGUGUGGAAAUGAAUCAGUUGCUUUAAACGUUGUUACUUCUACUUCGGAUCCCUCUGGAAAUUUAAAACUGAAAAAUGUAGUAUAUAUUGGAGGUCAUGAAAAUCAAUGGCUUACAUAUAAUUAUGGUAGACAAUCAUUAAUACUGAAUACAGAGGUCGAUGGAGUCAAGGUUCAAACAACAACACAUUCUGAGUUCUUUUACAGGGUUCCAAAAUCCUUGGAAAGUGUUUUUGGAAUAGGUAGUUGUGAACCCUCUGCAAUGCUUUACUUUGCAUAUGAAAAACACAUUUCAGGAGAUAUUACAGCUUAUCAUUCUCUCAAGGCAAUUUCUUCUCAACUAUUAGAAGCAAGUUUAACAUGUAUAGAUGCUUCUGUUUGCAAAUUUCACGAGGAAGAAACUUGUAUUAAACUUCUUAAAAUUGCUUCAUUUGGAAGACUUUUUUCAAUUAAAUCUUUGGGUUCCGAUCAAAUUGAGGCAAAGAAAUGGGAGAAAAGCUAUAUAUCAGCUUGUAGAGAUCUUCGUAUAGUAAAGGCAGUUAACCAAUCAAGUGCUGAGUUCAAUACAAGUGUUAUCCAGCUCAGAACUUAUGGAGUUAAAGUUCUUUCAUCCAGAUUGGCAAAUCAUAGAUGUUAUUUGCUUUCAAUAAAAAUCUGUGAGUAUUGCAAUAUAAGCCACUUUCAUAUACUAUCUAGUUGGGCUUGUGCCAAAAUCAGACAUUCACUGGAAGCAACUGAUGAAGAAUUAGCCGGGACUAUAAUAUCGAAGAUUAUUGGAAAUCAGGGUUCCAGCAAAAAAUUUAUAGAAAAUGGUUUUGGAAGUUCUUGUUUCUCUUUGAUAGCUGACGAGGCAGCAAAAGCAGGGAGAAUGCAUCUUGCUAUCCUUUUGCUACAACAUGAACCGAAUCUUAAAAGAAGAGUUGCUAUGCUUCUUAAGCUAUCAGCCUUCAAGCUGGCAGUUGAGCAAUCUAUAAAACACAGGGACAUAGACUUGGUAUAUGUUUGUGUUACUCACUUGUUAUUUGCGUCAUCUAAAGAAAAAUCUCAUACUGAGAAUGUUUCUCCUUUGACUUCAGAAUCAACUCAAAGGCAUUAUUGGGAUUCUGAAACUAUUGAGACUCUGGCUAAUAUUCCCGAAAUGGUACCUUUUGUGAUAUAUUAUUGUACUAACUUGGGGGAGACUGAUUUGCUUCUUAAACUUUUUGAAGAAAUGGAGAAUUUUUUUGAUGCUGGUUGGGUUAAAAUUAUGCUUGCAACUCUAGAGAAAAAUUCUAUAUUAGCAAAGUUGGAGCACCUCGCUCAUGCAGCUGCUUAUUUCUCUUCAUCUUUAAAAUCAAAAAAAUCUCUUGAAUUUGGUAAAAUGAUUUCUAACAAUACUCUUACUAAAUCAUUGCUACUACUAAAAAGUACAAUUCCACAAACAAGCGACAAAACUCGGGCAAUUUCUUUUAUUCAUUCUUCAAAUCCUAACUCUGGUUCUUCUUUUGAACGCGAAGCUGUUAUAGCUGAAAUAGAGCUUAUUCAGUAUCAGACAAAUCUAGAUAGCAAGUCUAAGCAGGCAUCUUGGAAGACUUCUGAAAUUCCCAAUUUUGUUUCGUUUGUGGGAUGCUCACUUUCCACCACAAUUAAGUACCUUGCGUUUCUAGGUUUAUUAGACGACCUUCUGCAGUUAAAGACAGCCUUAAAUGUCCAAGAUAAAAUUUAUUGGACAUAUAAAAUUAAAGGACUUGGAAUGGGGAAAAAGUUUCAAGAACUCUCAACAGAAAUUCAGUCAAUUAAUAUAUCCUCGCCCCCUAUAAGCAUAGAAAAGAUCAUUGAUAUAUGCAUAUAUUAUGAUGCAAGACAUAUUGCAGCAAAAUUAAUUCCAAAGCUCAGAGAUUCUGAAAAACAGAGCUAUUGGUUUAAUCGUGCAGGGAUGUAUAGAGAGACUCAACAACUUAGAAACACGAACAAUACUGUUCAAAAUAAAAUACUUAGUACUUUUUCUGGAGCUAUCAGUGGAAUUUUGAAAAAAGAAUAA